AUGUGUCUUGCUUCGCGUUGGCGAUUUGGGAGCGGCAGUGGUAAGCUCUGGGAGACGAAAACCCACCACGUGCGGCAAGGACAAAAGGAACAAGCUGUUGAAUGGUAUAAGAAAGGAAUUGAAGAACUGGAAAAAGGAAUAGCUGUCUUAGUAAUUGGUCAAGGUGAUCAGUGUGAACGGGCUCGACGUCUGCAAUCUAAAAUGAUGACAAAUUUGGCAAUGGCCAAGGAUCGCUUGCAGCUUUUAGAGAAGCUGCAGGCAGUUUUGCAAAUUUCCAAGCCGCAAAUGGAGGUCUAUAAUGACAGUACUAACCUGGCAUGCCGCAAUGGACAUCUCCAGUCAGAAAGUGGAGCAGUUCCAAAAAAGAAGGAUCCCUUAACUCACACGAGUAAUUCGCUUCCUCGUUCAAAAACUGUUGCUAAAACUGGAUCCACAGGCCUUUCAGGUCACCAUAGAACUCCUAGCUACAGUGGGAUAUCGUCAUCUUCUGUGUCUAGACCAGCACCUAAUCCUGCAGCUUCAACUCACAAGGCUGCUCCUAAAAAUAGCAGAACAAGUAAGCCUUCUACUCCUACCCCUGCUCCUCGAAAAAAGAAAGACUUGAAGAUAUUUAGAAAUGUGGACAGUAAUCUUGCUAAUCUUAUCCUGAAUGAAAUUGUUGAUAGUGGGCCAGCUGUCAAAUUUGAUGAUAUCGCAGGGCAGGAACUGGCUAAACAAGCUUUGCAAGAAAUUGUUAUCCUUCCUUCACUUAGACCUGAGUUAUUUACAGGACUUAGAGCUCCUGCACGUGGUUUAUUGCUGUUCGGCCCACCAGGAAACGGGAAGACAAUGUUGGCCAAAGCAGUGGCUGCAGAAUCAAAUGCUACUUUCUUUAAUAUAAGUGCGGCAAGCCUUACUUCAAAAUACGUGGGCGAAGGGGAGAAACUGGUGCGUGCUCUUUUUGCAGUAGCCAGAGAGCUUCAGCCUUCUAUAAUUUUUAUUGAUGAAGUUGAUAGCCUUUUAUGUGAAAGACGAGAAGGCGAACAUGAUGCUAGUAGGCGUCUAAAAACAGAAUUUUUAAUAGAGUUCGAUGGUGUGCAGUCUUCUGGAGAGGACAGAAUACUUGUGAUGGGAGCAACAAACAGGCCACAGGAGCUUGAUGAUGCUGUUCUCAGGCGAUUCACCAAACGGGUAUAUGUGUCUUUACCAAAUGAGGAAACAAGACUGAUAUUGCUAAAAAAUCUUCUAAGCAAGCAAGGAAGUCCGUUGACCCAAAAAGAGCUGGCACAACUAGCUAGAAUGACAGAUGGAUACUCUGGAAGUGAUUUAACCGCAUUAGCAAAGGAUGCAGCACUGGGCCCUAUUCGAGAAUUAAAACCAGAACAGGUGAAGAACAUGUCUGCCAGUGAGAUGAGAAAUAUCAAACUAUCAGAUUUCACCGAGUCUUUGAAGAAGAUAAAGCGCAGUUUGAGCCCUCAGACCCUGGAAGCGUAUAUUCGCUGGAACAAGGACUUUGGAGAUACCACAGUGUGAAACGCUACUUGAAGGGAAACAAAGUGCUGCCGAAGGAGCAAUUGGGGCAGACUGCUGGAAAGCAGCCAGAGUUUACAGGACUUUACAGAUCUUUAAGUAUCUGCAUUAAAACUUGAGAUUAAGAAAAAUUAUACAAUGUGAAAUGUUGCUCAUGAAAGCCUCCUUGCCAUUUAGUGAGGAUUUACACACUGUAAGUAAGAGCACAACAGGACUUGAGAUAAGAUUCCUAGCAAUCUGAUUAUGGUUUGAACAGUAAUGUUUGUAUUUUGUUUCAUCUACAAGGCUCUGAUGAUAUUGAUCAUUGGAAAACCUUUUCCCUAUGUCGUGUGUGUGUGGUUUUUUUGUUUUUAAUUUUUGCCAUGACAUUGAUGUCUGGCUUUCUUCCUUAUAACUACUAACUUACAAUGGGAGGUUUGUAAGCUUUGGUUCAGUUUUUGACUUUUUUUAUCCUUAAUGUGCCAAAUAAAACAAUUUCCCUAUGCAGAGAGGAAGAACAGCAUUUGGGAAUUAUGGUUAUUAAAAAGUAAAAAGCAGCUGGUCUGUUAUUAUUUGUCUUUUGUUUAGUUGUAAUGUGACUAUAUUGUUAACAGCACAGUUUUAAAGAAGACCUUUGAUAGCAGAACAGCAAAAAAACCCCCAACCCUAUAAAACCAAUUCAAACUGUCUUUUUUUUUAAAAAAAAUAAAUUACUAAAAAAAAAGAAGUAGAUUAAAACAUUCAUUUACUGGCAGUAUUUUGUCUUAAUGCAUUUUGUCACGCUUCCAUUGGUAGAAUGUUAGCUUAUGCUUAUGGUGUGCAACUUGAAGCCUAGCUGCUGUUGGAGAGAGUAAGUGAUGCUAAUUGUCAAGUUUCAGAAAUGGCAUGUUUCUGCUCUGUAUUUUGGUCUGUUUAUGAUAAUUGAAAGUAAAAUUUCCAUUGUGAUAAUUUUUUUUAAUCUACACAUGUAAGCAUUAAAAUACAAGGCUACAUGUUUAAUACGUGGCACACGUUAAUGUUUUUAUAGCUUUCAUAUAUUUUGGUUUAUAUAUUAAAGUAUGAAACACUCAACUGAUCUGCUUUUUUGAAAAAGAAACUGUAUCUUUGUAUAAACACUUGUUUUUAUUAUAUAAAUGACAAGCUAUUAAAAAAAAACCACUUAAGUGAUAGCCUUUAAAUACUGUAAUAAAGGAAAAUAUCUUUUCUUUU